AUGCUGAUCACUGCGCGCACCUAUUCCGCCUCUCAGUCCCCAGACCGAACCCUCUCCUCUGAAGGCUCCCGAUACCACACCCUUUCCGGGUGGCGCAAAAGCCCCGACGCCAAACAAGCAACAGAGAUGUUGAUGAUCCACCAAGUUGGAAGUGUGCGAGUAGGCGAAGUGGUCAGAUAUACGAUAACCUACACGCCUGCAGCAGAUCCAAUCCUCCCCAUCCCCUCCGAGCUCUACGUGCGAGUGAAGAACACCUCCGCGCUCCCAUUGCGCGCCGCAUACCUCCACGGCCCCUACACGCUCUACGCUGCCUGCUACCCGGCGAAAUUCGACCCGAAUACAAAGUAUGAACGACAAGAUCUAGAAGGCGCCCCGCAAUAUGAGCCGUAUCUCAAGGCUGGGGGUGGUUGGGAUGCCGUCAUCAAGGUCCCGUCCUACGUCCAGAAUGCGCAGAAUUUCGGAUCAUCCGGGAAUGAUGGGUCAAAUGCGGAGCAGAGUGUUACUUGGAUUGUUGAGAUACAGUCGCAGGUGAUAUUCUCGAGUAGUGCGGCGGUGCAUUUCGAGUUACUGGUUGGGCGUGAUGAGAAAUCGCUGGAAUACUUCUCUGGUGGGGGUUGGAGUAGUGGACAUGGUCCUCCUGGGAAAAUGCUGGAUCAUUGGUCGCCUGAUGCUAGGGGGAAGCAGGUGCUUGCUGCUAAGGGUGUUUAUUCGAAGUCGAUUGCUUUGCAGGUCGAUGAUACGAAUAGUUUGUGGAAUAGUCCGCCUUUUCCUACUGCAGAAGAGUCGGAGGGUGCAAAGCAGGAGAGCCAUGAUCCGAGGACUCCAACGGAAGAAUAUCCAGAUCCGCAGAGCAGACCUGAAGCACCUGCAGAUGCCAAGAAGAAGUCGAAGAAGAAGGUACAUCUUGUGCUACUGACGCAUGGGCUUCACAGCAAUCUGGGUACGGACAUGCUCUAUAUGAAGGAGAGCAUUGAUGCGGCUACGAAGAGACAGCGAAGGAGGGCAAGCCAUGCCAAAUCUGCUGAUGGGUGCCAAGUUGAUGUCGACGAAGGUGACGAAGAGCAAGUCAUUGUCCGAGGCUUCUCUGGCAACGCUGUUCGCACCGAGCGUGGAAUUCAAUAUCUCGGAAAACGUCUUGCCAAAUAUGUUUUGCUUCUGACAUACCCUGAUCAGCCCUACUUCCCCCUCAAAGGCUCCAAACCAAAUCCACUCAUUCGACCUUUCACUGCUCGCAAGCAGCAUACCCACCAAUCUAAUCCUCAUCAUGUGGCGACUGAGAACAGCGACAACACUAUUGGAAGUGAAGAUCACCCUUACCAGAUCACCAGUAUCAGCUUCAUCGGACACUCCCUCGGAGGCCUGAUUCAGACAUAUGCAAUUGCAUACAUCCAAAAGCACUCCCCAGAGUUCUUUGAUAAGAUCGAGCCAGUCAACUUCAUCGCUCUCGCAACACCUUUCCUCGGCCUCAGCAAUGAGAACCCAAUGUAUGUCCGGUUUGCGCUGGACUUGGGUCUGGUUGGUCGAACUGGACAAGAUCUCGGAUUGAGCUGGACAGCACCGAAAGUACGAAGCGGUUGGGGAGCUAUUAUUGCCGGAAGAGGAGAUUCGGCAAAACAUCAAGCCCAAUCAGACCCUGGUUCCAAGCCUCUUCUCCGGAUUCUACCCUGUGGUCCUGCGCAUGAGGUUCUCAGCAAGUUCCAGCAUCGGACUGUCUACUCGAAUGUGGUGAAUGAUGGAAUCGUUCCUCUGCGCACUUCUUGUCUCUUGUUUCUAGACUGGAAAGGUCUGGACCGGGUUGAGAAGGCGAGGAGGGACAACGGACUUGUUGGAACCAUGGCUGAAUGGGGCUGGGCAGAGUUGACUGGAGCACAUUCGAAAUCUCCACGUUUAGGUCGCUCUGGUGAUGAAUCACCUCUGACUGAAUCAGCUGAGACUGGUCAGCACUCACAUCCUACCAUUCAAGUUCCACAAGGGCAAAACAGCGAUGAGGGGAACGAGGCCGUCUCUCCGAGACCCGGCCAGUUCCUCGCACCGCCUAGUCAUCAUUUGUCUCACACGAGUAUCCCAGAAGAGGAACCCGUGAAAGAGGAUGUUUCAGCAAAUGCCUCUCUUGGUCCCAUUGAUACCUUUAUGUCACUGUUCCGCCCCAAGGAGAACAAGACUCCCCAUAGUGGCAAGAAUUCUCGAAUCUACAAACGCAGCCAGACUCUAGGCUCUUUCGAGAAUGAUGGCGUGACGCCUGUUACCCACGGCCAUUCCACAUACGAGAACGACGGCGUUCACACACCGCCGAAAACGACCUUCUUCGAGUCUGCCGGAGACCUACUGAUGCCUCCACUUCCACCGCCAGAGUUCAUCUUGGAUCCUGCCUCGCGACCCAGAACCAUCUUCCACGACCGCAUCUACCACCCAGAAGAUAUACCCCCUCCUAUGCCAGUCAAGCGACGCACACUGGCAUUCGGUUCACUGCAAAACAAGCAGUCAAAGUCAGCACCCCAUACGGCGACCCAGCUACCUCCAGGCUCAAGCUCCAGUGCAAACAGCGCCGAGAGCGGCCUAAAGGUCGAAGAGAAAAUCGCCAGAGCCUACCACCGCGAUCUAUCCUGGCGCAAGGUCCUAGUCCGACUCGAGCCGGAUGCCCAUAACAACAUCAUUGUUCGACGCAUGUUCACUAAUGCCCACGGGUGGCCUGUCGUGAAACACUUGGUUGAUACGCAUUUCGCGCAUACGCCCGUGGUAGCCAUUGAAGAUUCGCAGAAGCGCAGUGUCGAUCGAGCACGGUCUCCCAAUGUCGGGCCGACCAGCUCGGGAGAUGAGGUCGAAGACCAGACUAAGACGCCGGAACUGGAGACUGGUAAAGAUACUGAUGAUUUGCCUGCUGUCUCUGGGUUGAAUGUGUCUGAUCCGUUGCAGGGUCAUGAUCAUGCUCAUCGGAGUGAUACUUUGUCGGGGGAGAAUGAAUCUCAACGAACUAUGAGCCCGACCGAACGUGGAAACUGUGUGUCGAGGCAGGAUUCGGCUCGAUGGACUGAUCGAGAGGUCGACGAGGAUGACUGUGAGUCUGGUUUUGAGGAGGAGGUUAAUUCUGGGUUCCGGUGGUCUCGACAGUAG